AUGACCGAAAGGUUCACGAAAUGGGAGGUCACGGAGCAUCUGCGUACCCGGGAAGACGCGUGCCUCUAUCUUGAAGCAUGCGCGGAGGAGGAUCCGGGCGAUGGCAGCCUGAUUCGCGCCGCCCUGAACGACAUUGCGCGGGCAGGGAACAUGAGCCGGCUGGCCCGCGAUGUCGGAAUGAGUCGCGAGGGACUCUACAAAGCUCUGUCGGGGGACGGCAACCCCACUUUCGCCACGGUAGUGCGGAUCACGCGGGCGUUGGGAAUGCAGUUACGUUUUACUGCGUAG